GAAAAGAAAAAACAAAAGGUUGUGAAUGUCUCUGUCCCUCCCCAAUUCUCACGCAAGCUCGGAAUCUCGCCGGCGGUAAAGCUCCGCCGUAAUUAAAAGAGGGAAACCCGGAAGUGAGUUUCUUGGCUAGGAAGAGAUUCUAUUGAUGUGUAGAAGCGAAGGAAGAGGAGAAUUGUAAGUAGUUAGAAUUUGUGAAGGAGACGAUGUCGCUGAGGAUUAAAUUAGUGGUUGAUAAGUUUGUGGAGGAGCUGAAGCAAGCACUUGACGCUGAUAUACAAGAUCGGAUCAUGAAGGAGAGAGAGAUGCAGAGUUAUAUCGAAGAGCGUGAGCGUGAAGUCGCUGAACGAGAAGCUGCCUGGAAAGCUGAGCUCUCUCGCCGUGAGACGGAGAUCGCUAGACAGGAAGCGAGGUUGAAGAUGGAGAGAGAGAAUCUGGAGAAGGAGAAGAGCGUUCUCAUGGGGACUGCUUCGAAUCAGGAUAAUCAAGACGGUGCUCUUGAGAUUACUGUGAGUGGUGAGAAGUAUCGUUGUCUUAGAUUCUCUAAGGCUAAGAAAUGAGUUGUGGAAAUUGGGAUUAGGGUUCAUAACGUAGGGCACAAAAAGGGUUAAAAUGCUUUAUGCUCCUUUCCAUCUCUCUAUAUCUUGCCAAUUCGAUAAGGAGAAGAUUUGUUAUUUGUUUAUGAUGGAUGAAUUGGGUACUUGGGUUUGUGUAAAUUAUUAAAUUCAAUGAAGAAAGUAUUGUGUUUUCUGCAAA